UACCACUACUCUCCCCAGAUUCUUCUUCUUCUUCCAGACUCUCUCUCUCUCUCUCUCUCUCUCCGUAUCUAUAAUCUGUACACAUUCCUCUCAUCCUCUUCUCUAAUCCCACUCUCAAUUCCCAGCUCAAACUCUCAACAACCAAUCCCAAUUAACUCCAAUUAGGGUUUCUCUUUCAUGACACCAUGUACCUCUCCGAAAAGCCUCGCCCAAUCGAUUUCUACAAAGGAGAGAGAGACAUGGUCAUCGAAGUCUCCUCCAACGGCGACCUCCCACCUCACCACCACCACCACCACCUGCACCCCCACCAACAGAUAAUCCUCAACGAAAGCAGCGGCGGCGAAGACCAGAGCGAGGUCAAAGCCCCCAAGAAACGGGCCGAGACCUGGGUCCAGGAGGAAACCCGGUUCCUGAUCAGCUUCCGGCGAGAAGUGGACGGGCAGUUCAACACCUCGAAGUCGAACCGGCACCUGUGGGAAGGGAUCUCGGCCAAGAUGAGGGAUAAAGGGUUUGACCGGACGGCGAGCAUGUGCACGGACAAGUGGAGGAAUCUGCUCAAGGAGUUCAAGAAGGCGAGCAAGCAUCAGGAUAGGAGUUCUUCCAGCGGGGCGGCGUCGGCCAAGAUGUCGUAUUAUAAGGAGCUUGAGGAGUUGCUUAGGGAUAGGGCGAAGAAUGGUGGUGGUGGGUAUAAGAGUCCGACUAGUUCAUCCAAGGUGGAUAUGUAUAUUCAGUUCUCGGAUAAAGGUUUUGAGGACAGUGAUAUCCCAUUUGGACCAGUGGAAGCUGGUGGUCGGUCAACAGUCAACCUCGAAAGAGCUUUGGAUCAUGAUGGUGACCCUCUUGCCAUUACCGCAGCUGAUGCAGUAGCAGCCAGUGGGGUACCACCUUGGAACUGGAGAGAAACCCCUGGAAAUGGUGGUGAGAGCCACUCUGGUUAUGGUGGGAGGGUCAUAAUAGUCAAGUGGGGUGAACACACUAGAAGGAUUGGAAUAGAUGGCACUGCAGAUGCAAUCAAGGAGGCAAUCAAGUCUGCUUUCCGCUUACGAACUAAGCGGGCAUUUUGGUUGGAGGACGAGGACAAUGUCAUCCGCAGUCUUGAUAGGAACAUGCCCUUGGGAAAUUACACUCUUCACCUUGAUGAAGGAAUCUCGAUAAAAGUAUGCAUCUAUGAUGAACCUGACCGCAUGGAAGUUCAAACAGAAGACAAGACUUUGUAUACUGAAGACGAAUUUCGGGAUUUUCUCACUCGUAAUGGCUUUACAGGUUUGCGGGAGCUCAAUGGCUAUAGAACCUAUGAUAACUUGGAUGAUCUCCGGCCUGGUGCAAUGUACCACGGGGUGAGGCUACUGGGUGACUAGUGCUUUGUUUUCUAGGAACAGAAGGCUCUAGUAUGCCCUCUUUUUGUCUGCUAUUCAAGUCACAAAUCGACCAAGGCGUAAAUCGCCGUGAACUUGUAAAUCGUUAUUAACUUGUUUCUUUGUUUGGUUUAUGCUGUAAAUCCGAUACCAUCUCAGUUAGCAUCACGGAUGCAUUCUGGUUCUUAAAUGUGUAUUUUUGUCAUUUCAUGUAA